CCCAGGAAAAAUCUUGCUGAAUCUGCCUGCCCCAACACUGGCCUGAUUUGGGAUCCUCCGAUCCUUCCAGUGACCCCACCACGCCGCGAGAUGAAUCUGCGUUCUGUAUUUACUGUAGAACAACAAAGGAUUUUACAGCGUUAUUAUGAAAAUGGAAUGACAAAUCAAAGUAAAAAUUGCUUUCAGCUCAUAUUACAGUGUGCACAAGAGACUAAGCUGGACUUCAGUGUAGUCAGGACGUGGGUUGGCAAUAAGAGGAGAAAAAUGAGUAGUAAGAAUUCUGAAUCAGGAGCAACAACAGGAACUCCUCCUAGUACCUCUUUGACAACUCCGGACAUUACAGUCAGAAAUGUAGUUAACAUCACACGACCUUCAAGCCAACAGUCUUCUUGGACAUCUGGCAAUGAUGAUGUCAUUGUAACUGGUACAUACAGUCCAGCAAGUUCAUCGAGCAGGCAAGAGACAACUAAACAUUCCGAUACGCAAAUUACGGAAGCACAUAAAAUUCCUAUUCAGAAAACUACCAGUAAAAAUGAUACUGAGUUUCAGUUACACAUUCCUGUUCAAAGACAAGUAGCACACUGUAAAAAUGCUUCUUUGCUCUUAGGUGAAAAAACAAUUAUCUUGUCAAGACAGACAAGUGUGCUAAAUGCUGGAAAUUCAGUAUACAGUCAUACAAAGAAAAACUGUGGAAGUUCUUCAAUGCAGGCCUCUGAGAUGAUGGUACCUCAAAAGCCAUCUGUGUGCCACCGACCUUGCAAAAUUGAACCAGUUGGAAUGCAAAGGUCAUAUAAGCCUGAACACAUGAGUCUAGCAUCACAUAACUUAUGUGGGCAAAAACCACCUAUUAGAGACCCUUACUGUAGAACGCAAAACUUGGAAAUCCGUGAAGUAUUUUCAUUGGCUGUUAGUGAUUACCCCCAGAGAAUUCUGAGAGGAAAUGCCCCACAGAAGCCUAGUUCAGCAGAAGGAGCUUGUUUGUCCAUUGCAAUGGAGACUGGAGAUGCUGAUGAUGAGUAUGCCAAAGAAGAAGAGUUGGCACUGAUGGGAGCACAGGUACCAAGUUACUCAAGAUUUUAUGAAAGUGGCAGAUCCCUUGGAGCAGAGAACCAAAGUACAGCAUUGCCUGGAUCAGGAAGAAGUAUGCCAAAUUCACAAAUGGUGAAUAUUAGAGACUUGUCAGACAAUGUACUGUAUCAAAACAGAGACUACCAUUUGACACCACGGACCUCAUUACAUUCAGUAGCUACUACGAUGUACAGUAAUACAAAUCCAUCACGGAGCAAUUUUUCUACACAUUUUACAUCAUCGAACCAAUUGAGGUUAUCACAAAACCAAAACAAUUACCAGGUUUCAGGAAACCUUACUGUGCCUUGGAUUACAGGGUGUUCUAGAAAAAGAGCACUCCAAGACCGCACUCAGUUCAGUGACCGAGACCUAACCACCCUUAAGAAGUACUGGGACAAUGGUAUGACCAGUCUUGGUUCUGUGUGUAGAGAGAAAAUUGAAGCAGUUGCAACUGAAUUAAAUGUUGACUGUGAAAUAGUUCGGACUUGGAUUGGGAAUCGAAGAAGGAAAUAUCGUUUAAUGGGGAUUGAAGUUCCGCCUCCAAGAGGAGGCCCUGCUGAUUUUUCUGAGCAACCGGAGUCUGGUUCUUUGUCUGCACUCACACCAGUAGAGGAAGCUGGUCCAGAAGUAGGAGAGGAUAAUGACAGAAAUGAUGAAGUAUCCAUUUGUUUGUCUGAAGGAAGCUCUCAAGAAGAGUCCAAUGAAGUUCCAAAUGAGGCAAGGGCUCAUAAGGAGGAGGACCACCAUGCAGUAUCCACAAAUAAUGUGAAAAUAGAAAUUAUUGAUGAUGAAGAAAGUGACAUGAUAAGUAAUUCUGAAGUUGAACAAGUGAAUUCUCUCUUGGAUUAUAAGAAUGAAGAAAUCAGAUUCAUUGAAAAUGAGCUAGAGAUUCAAAAGCAAAAAUACUUUAAACUUCAGACAUUUGUUAGAAGCUUGAUACUAGCUAUGAAAGCUGAUGAUAAGGAACAACAACAGGCACUGCUAUCAGAUUUACCUCCUGAAUUAGAAGAGAUGGAUUUCAACCAUGCCUCACUGGAGCCUGAUGAUACCUCAUUCAGUGUGUCUUCUUUAUCAGAGAAAAAUGCCUCAGACAGUUUGUGAUUUGAGGGGCAUAUAUGAAACAGCCUUUUGGCUGCUUAAAAGGUGUGCAUUUCAAGAUAACUGCAUUCUGUUGCUUCAAAACUCUUCAGUUGGAAAACCAUAUUGUUGAAACUGACAUGUUCUGUGAAGGAUGGACAAGAUAUAAUGGCUACAGUGCAAAAAAUGUAUAUGAAAUUUAAAAGCAGUGUUUGAGAAUUUUUUCCCAACUGAUAAAACUCUGGGGAAAAAUUGUAUUUAAUUUUUAGGAAUUUAGCUAUGAAAUGCAUAAUGCCUAAUUUCUGAAAGUUUUUUGUUUGUUUUUUAGAAGAAUCUUAGUUUUAGUAGUAGUUUUGACCAGAGACACAAAAAUAAAGGCAUUUCAACUUUGCUUAUUAUGUUAAUAAAACUUGGUUAGUUUUGUUUUGUAGCCAUUACAUCUUUCUUUUCUCACUUUUUCCUAUCAUCCACAUACACUUUUACUCAGGAAAGUGAACUGAAAUUUGAAAACAAAACUUUAAAAAUGAUUUUAACUGGAUGAGUCCUGGGAUUUAUUUUCCAGCUCCUAUGAGAAUUUGACUUUAGCUAAUGAUUGAAAAUUGAAGUGAUUACUGGUGCAAAAUUGUAAAUUGUUGGCAUUCUUCCAUUUCCUAACCCAGAUAUUUGGGGAAAGGGGGAAAACACUAUGGAAAAGCAAUUCACCAACAUGAAGUCAAAUAAAUUAUUAUGUGUACAGAA